AUGGCGGCACGACCGAUUAAGGUAAGUAUGCAUACUGUUAUAUUAUAGCAUUUUAUUUUAGAAUAAAUUUUGAUUUUGGCGUAGUAUUUUCAGGACAUAAGGGUUUUGUUAUCAAUUUUAAGAGCUUAAACUAUCUUUUUAGUACAAGUUUUUCUGGUAUUUUACAGUUAUAACUUGAUCAAGGUAAAAAUUUACUGUUUGGUUUUAUAAUUUGUAAGAUUUGCAUAGCCUUUCACUUGUCUUGAGUGUAUGCAAAUGCGAUCGUUUAUCUUAUUUUUGAGCGCGCAAAAUGCUCCUCUUACGUGAGUGGUGAAUAUAUUUAGACCAAGGUAAGAGAAGCGAGGUACGAAUCUCGGUUGUUUUUCGAUACUCGAAACGCCGAAAUCGGAAUCUACGCAGGAAUCCCGUUUUAUUUGUUUCCGGUGGAUAUUCAUUCCUUUAUUGAUUUCAGGACUUGGUGGCUCUCGUCACUGGCGGUUCUUCUGGACUGGGCAGGGCCACGGUCGAGUAUCUGCACAAGAAUGGGGCCAAGGUGGCCUUGUUGGACUUGGACAAGACUGACGGACCUAACGUGGUCAAGGAGCUGGGCGAGAAUGCCAUCUUCACUCCAGCUGAUGUAAGGGUUUGUGUUUGGAAUGUUAAAUGUAAAAGAAUAUGUAAAAGCUUGUUAUAUAAGGUUUAUAUGUAUUACAUGGGUAACUUUUUUAAAAAUGAACGUAAUUUAGGUAAGAAAAGAAGCUGAUGUAUCAAAGGCGUACGAACAGAUCAAGUCUACCUUUGGUCGAUUGGAUGCCAUUGUUAACUGCGCUGGCAUUGCCUAUGCCUUCAGGACAUAUAACACUGGAAAGAGGGAAAUCAGUCCACUUGACCGUUUCCAACAUACUAUGGAUGUGAGUGUACUAUAUUAUUAAUCAUUAGGAAAAUGUAUUGUUUAGAGAAGAGUGGGGAUGGUAAAGGAUAAGUAUAGAAAUUUUGACAGUUAGUACAUGUGGACCGCAAGGUUAUAAGGAUUAACAGUUUAUUUUUUUAUGUUUUUACCUAAUUUGAAUAUGUAAACCUGCAUUUUAGGUCAAUGUAGUUGGUACGAUAAACGUUAUUCGUCACGGAAUUCACUUGAUGAUGGACAACAAGUUGGACAACGUUAGUGAUACUAGAGGUGUGAUCGUUAAUACUGCUUCUGUCGCUGCUUUUGAUGGCCAGAUUGGACAGGUAAGCUUAGAUUAGACUUUGUACUCAAUUUUAAGUGGGUUUAUGCGUAAAAAUAUAAUAUUGGUAUUUUUUGUGGUGUUUAGUCAUAGUUCUUAUAAAAACAAGUUGUUCUUACCUACUUUUUUAUUUAUUUUUUUCUGAAAAUGGUUGACCUUACGUUUUUACCUUAUGUCGUGGGGCUUUAAUCUCCAAAAAUGGUUGAAACAUUGAACUGGACUCGGAACACAUUGUUCACUCGUCCUCUUCGGAAUCUGAAUACUCGUUUAAUGUAAUCCGUUUGGCCAUUUUAUUGUUUUGUUUCAAAAGACGGCUAUUUUAUUCUCGGGAGAGUUGGCCUUCCUUCUUUUUGCAUGGACUGACCACCAUUCCGCGCUCAUUUUUGUCUUGUUUUAGGUUGCUUAUUCGGCUUCGAAGGGCGCUAUCACAUCCAUGACUUUGCCCUUGGCCCGUGAACUAGGCCAAUCCAGCAUUCGGGUUUGUACCAUUGCUCCCGGCGUCUUCGAAACGCCACUUAUGUCCAAAUUGCCUCCAAAGGUAAGGGUUUUUUGUUUUCAAAUUGAGUUAGUUUGAAGAAACGUUUGGGGGUUUUGGGUAUUUUAGGUAUGAUUUAAAAGUUUGAAGCUGUUUUUAUAUGGUCAAAAAGUUCUUAGAACUGAUUGAUAAUUGGUAUAGGACUGUAUUGUUCUGAUUCAAUUGUUUUUUUUGAAAAUUUUGAAACGAUUUUGUAUAUUUGAUAUAGUCUAUAGCCUAAGUAAAAGAGGUUGAGUGCACUUUGAGUACAAUAUAGGUAUAAACCGCUUAAACCGUUUGAAAAGCUACGAAAACUCUCAAAUUAUCACUAGCAAAUUAAAACGUAGUAAAAAUAGCCGCUGGGCAUGGGAAUCGCAUACUUAUAAUUGAAACAAGCAGCUGGGAACACGGCAGAAAACCCCAGAAAUUUGUAUUUUUAUUGGGUUCAAAUCGAAAUUCGGGCUCGGAGUUCAACAACACAUGUUGUUUCUUUUUCGAGGUUUUUUGGGCCGCUGAGUCUUCGAUCUUGCCUCGUUCUUCUCCCCCCCCCCUUCCCUUACACCGCGGUCGAACGCUACUUUAAAACUAUUUUUAUUCAUCAUCGUCGUAGUUUAAAGGCCGAUUUUUACAAAAAAUUUUAUUCAAAAGCGUUAUUAGUCCAAUUAAAGGCGAGGGUUUGGGAAGAGCCUAGUUUUUUUACAAUUUGAGAGAAAAAUUUGGAAAGAGACAAAAAGCCGGGGGAUCUUUGAAAAGGCUUGGAAGAACAAUAAGAAAUAUAAGACAGGAGUAGGGUUGUUUUCCUUGUCAUUUUUGUUUGAUAAUAUUAAUAAUAAGGUGUUGGUUAUUAUUUUGUAGGUUUUGAGGCACUUUUUUCAAGUUCUCAUGACAUUUUUAUAUUGUUUUAGGUCAAAAAAUACCUCCAGAGCUUAUGCCCAUACCCGGCUCGACUGGGAGACACUACCGAAUACGCUCGACUGGUCGAAACUAUCAUCCAAAAUGAUUAUUUGAACGGCGAGACUAUCAGAUUGGACGGAGCUCUUAGAAUGCCCCCUUAA